AUGGUCUCGCUGCGCGAGCGAACGGCCCGCCCGUCCUACUCCAACAUUCCCCAGGGGCUCGAGAACCUCUCCGACUCACACUCUGAUGCUGAGCCCGAAGCGUCUGGUUCAGGCUCCAAGGCCGUCUCGCAGAUCAGACGGCGUCGGAUCUCCGAAUCCACAGCGCGAAGUGUCUCGGUCGGACCUUCCAAAGCGGUCGGCGCGGUCGGAAAGGAUUCAGAUGAUGAGGGUGUAAGCUCGGGGGAUUCGAGCGAGUUUGCACCGUCCGAGGGCGGACGAAAGAAAAAGAUGGGGAAGGGACCUGCUACAGGUCGGCUGGACAUGAAGAAGAGAGGCGCAGGGGCGGGGGCGGGGAUGGGGAGUUCGGGAAGUGAGAGCGAAUUGAGGGAGUUGGGGAGUGAUGAGGAUGAUGAAGAGGGGUCGGGGAUGGAUCUUGACGGGGACGAUGAUUUGGAAGAGGACGAUCUUCCCAGAGGAAAAGGUAAAGGCAAGGGAACGGGCAAGGCCACCGGUCCACCCAAGUCCAAGACACCCGGUAAAGGUCCAAAGACCAACUCCCGGCGCGUCCCACCUCGAUCCGACCGGAAUCCACACCAGCCCCUCGCUGCCCCUCCCGUCUAUGCGCAGAGUGACAUCAACCUCGUUCCUCCGGCUUACCGCGCGCUCAUCAAGACGUCCGCGGAGGGCAUGGUGAAGCCGACCCAGGCAAAGGCGUUCGUUGCGGACAAGACGAGACGGGCGGAGCUGGACGGGUUCCCAGCUGGGAGUGGAUUGCCAUUUACGACGCGCCUGGUCAGGAGGGGUGGGGCUGGAGGGAUGGAGGUGGAUGGAGAGGAGGGGAGUGGGAAGUGGGAGGUCGUGGUGGAGAAGGCGGAAGAUCAGGUGACGAGGCGGAAGAGGGCUGUGGCGGUGGAUAAGGGGAUUCUGGGGGGUGUGCCGCGAGAGGCGUGGGAGGGGGAGGGGUGGUGGCCUGAGAUGUACACCGGUGACGGUGCUAGCGAUGGGAUACUGGGGAAGGUAGGCGAGGGGUCGAAAGCGGCAGGGAAACGAAAAGCUGGCGGAAGUGGGGGAUCGCAGCGCUUGACGGGGUGGACGUUGCGGCAUGAAGUGAGGAUAGGGCUGGACGAUGUGGCCCGGGGAGGGAUGGACGAGCUGGAAUCUGUGGAUGAGAAGGAAGCGGCCAAGUAUUUGCCCAAUCCACAAGAAGGUAUCACUGUACAUCUUGGACCGCACGACCAGCAGAAGCCCGUCAAGAUGCGGAUGUUUGAGCAGUACGAUGUCUCGCUACAUACGGACCUGAGAGAGGGCUUUAUCUUUUCCGCUGGGGGACCUAUAUGGGGUCUGGAUUGGUGUCCUCUCCCAGAAUCUCAAGCAGCACACUACGGCAACUCCCAAUUCCUGGCGAUCACUGCCCUUCCCGACCUCACCGCUUCCCCCACCAUCGGCCACAAACAUCCCCGCGGCGACAAGGCGGCCAUUCAGAUUUGGUCCGUUUCCCUUCCCAACUCCUCCGCCUCCGCAGGCGAAGCAGGAGGAAUGGGAUGCGAGAUGGUUCUGUGUAUUCAAGGCGGAGCGGGGAUGGGGUGCAAGUGGAUGCCUUUGGGUGCAUGGGACGAUUGCGACCCGGGCAAGCUUGAUCAGGGCAGGAUACCAAAAUUGGGUAUAUUAGCAGUGGUGCAGCUUGAUGGUUCGGUUGGGGUUCAUGCUGUGCCGCAUCCGCUCGCUGUGAGGCAUCUGAAGGGAGAUUCUGCGGAAGACUCGGCAAAGCCAUUGUUUGUGAAAUGCCAUGAGCCUUCAGUAAGGAUUGAGGUGGUUGAUGCGGCUGCGUCUUGUGUCGACUGGAUGACGAGCUCGAAGUUGGCUGUAGGGUUCUCUGACGGGUCAGUAGGGGUAUGGGACAUCGCCGACGCCCUCCUCACCAAACAGAAAGAAGAACUCCUGCCGCAUAUGUACCUAAGCAUAGCCCAGUCCUGCGUCUCAUCUCUAGCGACAGGGCGUGUCCCGCCUGCCGACUCGGCCGGUGAGCCGGUAUACGACCAAGAUCCCCGCUUCCUCGUUGUUGGGUCUUGGGACGGCACGGCGACGUUGUUGGAUGUGCGCGAUCCGGGACAUCCCGUCUUGUUACAACGACAAAGGUUGCCGAGCCUGACUGUCGGCUGGUCCGUUCAGAAUCAAUCCGCCAUGAUGUCAGAUAACGACUAUAAUGCCAAGCUAUUCAAAGUCCGGGGUAUACCAACGCAGCGGGAGGCGCAGAUCACGCCGCACAGGGGUCCUAUCUGGGAUAUCGCGACGAGCGAGUAUCAUACGAUGGUGGCGUCCGCGAGUGCUGAUGGGUCCGUCAUCAUCGGUUCGGCGCAGAGCGGGUACUACAAGUCAAAGAGGGCUCCGAUGUUCGUCUGGAGGAUGCUCGAGAUGGACUAUGAUAAAGUCACCGGACACUAUCGCCUCGCCGACGACUUCAGCGGGGAGACGAUACCUCUGGAGCUAGCUAAUGGCCGUCGACCCAAAAAGAGCGUCAAGACCGUUGACGACGACAUCAAGGGUCUGAAAGCGGGGAAUUGGGAUGUGGAGGUCGGGGUACAUAGGGUAUCGUGGAAUGAGGGGUCGGGAAUAGCACGGGCGGGGAUGUUGGCGGCGGGGACGGCGAGUGGGCUGGGAGUUGUGUAUCUGGUGGAGCCGAGGUGGAGGGAGGGGGUGGAUGGGGCGGGGAUGGUUGCUAGGGCAUAG